AUGGUCCCUGCGCCCACCACCAACGCCACUGCCACUGCCCCAGUGCAGGCCAAAACUCAUCCGCAUGCUCAGAACGAUCAGCAACCUCGCGCUGAUGCUCCUGUCCCCACUUUCAAGUUCAGCGAGCCUCCAAAGGUGCGUUGGGGGUGGAAUGCCCCGCGUGUGUUUGCGUCCACCGCUCAUUUUUUGACUUUUUGCCUGCCUGCCUGCCCAGUUCAAAGAUGCAGAAGCGGAGCGAGAGCACAGAAAGCAGCGUCUGGCCAUGGCUUACCGCGUCUUUGGCAGGCUUGGGUGAGCAGCAGCAGGCAGCACUCCCUCCCCGCCGUCACUCCAGACAUGAUGACGUAUCGCUGCUCUUCUCCCCUUGCGCUCAUCACUCUCGGCCCCCCUGCCCGCUGCAUGUCUAAACCAGCUUCGAAGAGGGAGUGGCGGGCCACUUGACCUACAGGGAUCCCAUCAUCACCAACGCAUUCUGGGUCACCCCCUUUGCGCGCCCAUUCAGCCUCAUGCAGGCUUCCGACCUGCUCCUCGUAGCGCACGACGGCAAGGUCAUCCUCGGUGGCAAGCCGGACAAUCAAGUUUAUAAUCGCGCAGCGUUUGCCAUUCGUGAGCGCAUACAUGCCUGACCUUGCCUUGCAUCGCGUCUCAAUGCGCAAGCUCACCCGCACCCGCACCCGCACCCGCACCCGCACUCCCACUCCCACUCCCACUCGCCGCGGCAGAUCACGCCAUUCACACUGCCAGACCCGAGGUGGAUGCUGCUUGCCACAGUCACUCCUUGUACGGCAAGGCGUUCAGCACGCUGGGAAGGAACAUUGAAAUCACUACGCAGGACAGCUGCGUGUUUUACAAGAGGUGCGCUCAUUACGAUUCGUUUGGAGGUGUGGCCGUAUCGGAAGAGGAAGGCCAGCACAUUGCAGAGGCGCUGGGAAAGGACAAUGUCGCCUUGAUCAUGGCCAAUCACGGCAUUCUGACCGCUGGCAAGACGGUGAGUCGCAAUGUGGGUGGCGGGGCAGGCAGGCAGGCAGGCAGGCGAAAGCGACACAUUCUGAUCACCCCUUUUCUUUCCACGUCUUGAGAUCGAGUCGGCUGUGCACAGAUUCAUCGCUCUGGAGCGUCACUGCCAAGUCCAGCUGUUGGCGGACGCUGCAUCGGCCAGGGACGGCAAGAGACCAACGCAGAUCAGCGACGAGGAGGCAGAGUACACGGCCAAGCAGACGGCGUCGGAGCACGCUUGCUGGUUCCAAGCUCUGGGCAUCUUUGAGAUGGUCGACUUUGAAGCCAAAAAGACCGGCUACCCUUAUGCCGCUUGA